GGUAGCACUGAACAUGGUUGCCUUCUAUAGGCAAACACAUUGGUCAACCCGGAAGGGUAAAUGGAUCAACGCAGCCACUGAACAUAAUUACAAUCUUAUGAUGGAGAGGUUAGCUGAAAAGGAAUCUGAGGAGGAUAUUGAAGAGGCAGCUGAGAGUGUGUUCAAAGAGGUAUUGGGAAACAGACCUGGAUAUGCAAUAGGGAGGGGUCACAUGGUGAUUCCAGACCCAUCUCCUUCAAUGAAGAAUAGUAGGGCAUAUAUUCGUCUGUCGGAGGAGAAUGCACGAAACAAGACUGAGGCAGAAAUGUACAAGGCAAAACUAGACUCCAUGCUGGGUGAUAUUGCAGAGUUGAGAAGGAAUUUCUCAGAGCAUGAGAAGCUCUUAAUGAGCUAUCGGAACACUGACUUAGAGGGUGGUAGUGAGGCUCAUAGAGAGACUCACAGAGAUGAUUAGUUUUCUACGUGACAUUGGGAAGUCUUUUUUGUGGAUGGCUAACAUUUGGGAAUUAUGAUUUUUGUGGAGGGCCAGUUUGACAUGGCCAUUUUUGGGUGGAAUGUAUCACAAUUUGUUAGCCUGUAGAUAUGUGUUGGCCAUGGACUUAUGUUAUACAGUUUUUUUUUUUUUUGGUAAUGUAUGGUUGAAUCUAGUUAGGGUGGAUAUGAGUUAACGACUGCUGCAACAAAACUAAGAUACUGGGUCAUGUUUUUUGAUGGGUUGUUACUAAGAGAAUGAAGGGUUAGCAGAAUGAGAAGACUGAAAUCAGUGCUACAUGGAUGGAGGAUGUUGGUUGCAGUGACCACGAUUUCAUGAUAAAGCAGCUUACCAGGG